CAUCUUCAUCGAUUCUCGCGCCAGGAAUGAAGACAAGACGACCUUUGUCUAUUUCCACCUCUAGAAUAUCAAAGAAUCAUCUUCUGCGCCGUUCUGGUUUGUCGCCAAACUUGCGUUCCUCUGGGGAUGUGCCAGGCCGUUGGACUAAACGAAGCGAUCAUCCUUUGGAUCUCGGCUCACUAUGGCAGAGCUAUCAUGGGACACACCAUACCUCCAUGGAAUAGGGAAAGAGGAGGAGACAUUAUUCGAUUCUGUAAUCCAUGAUCCUCAUGCCACAAUGACAAUAUAUCUGGGAGACUCGAAGAUCGAUUACCCGCCAGACAAAUUCUUGCAAGCAUGCUGGACAACUGGCCUCGAAACACCUUGUUCCAUCUGCAACGGCGACUUUAACAUAGCUAUAGCACCUCCCGUACGGCUUCUGAGUUUGGCCGGAGACUUCCAAGCAACCGAUCCUUUAACGAGAGUCCUCCCUCCAUUAACUAUCACAAAUUAUCAUCUAAAGUGUUUGAAAUCCAGUUGUCUCAGAUACUUUCCCGUUUCCCACGCAUGGCAUCAGUCUAUCGCCAAAGCCUACGCGCUUCGUGUCUCCAGUCCUAGCGCUGCUCAAGCAUGCUAUGAAGUUCCCAUUCGGACGCUGCUGGCAGUCAUCCAGCGCUUCGGGUCUGACGUGCACCUCUGGCACGACUAUAUCAGCAUCCCCCAGUGGCAGGAUGAAUUCCGAGGAACCGCCAUUCUACCCCAAAUAUUCGACAUCUUCAAGGAAAGCGGGUGUGCAAUAAUGCAUGUGGGACUUCACCCGCCUGUUGAAAUGAUGGAGACACCCACCUUUGAAACCCUCAUCGAGAAUGAGUCUGGCUUGAAGCACUUCUUCAAUGCACACUGGUUCAGUCGCAUGUGGCCGAUGAUUGAAUUUGACCGGGCUGGAGAGGCGUAUAUCAUGAGCAGCAAGUACGAGAUAAUGCCGUGCAAAUUCUCUUCGUUUGUGAAGGGGAUAAUGCAAAUAUAUGGCACCAACCACCCACGACGCCCACGGUCAGCGUUGAAAUGGAUCGAAGAGCUGCCUCUUUUCGUCAGGGAAAGACAAAAGAACAAAUGCCUUGGAUAUGUCUUCGAAAUGAUAUCUGAUCGAGGCUGUCGCUCAUUUCGCGACAAAUUCAUCGGUGCAUCUGAGCUACUCGAAGUUCCCGGAUACCCGACGUUGCUACCGUCAAUUUCCAAGGAUGCUUGUCUUUGGAUUUCAGAAAGACGGUUGGAAUGCAGUGAUUACAGUCCAUUACUGCUACGUCCGUCCAUAGAGCUGAAGUACGGAAAGGCCCGAUGGCUCAAGGGCCACACUUCGAUGACUACGAAUAUGUGGGGCUUGGGAGUUCAGACACAGCCGGCUCGUGUGGCGCCGCGACUUCAAGACCAUGCUAUACAACUGGAGUUGGAGCUCGCUGGGAAUAUAGCAGAUAUGUUCUCGUGGGAAUGGCGAGCAGAAGACAAGCGCGCCGGUUUUUCCGAGGUGCUUCCAUACCUUAUCAAGCUGGCUGGGGGAUCUGCGGCAGGAUUUAUCGAAAGUCUAGAAUGCAUCUAUCCGUCUCAGUUCUUCUGGACAGAGAGUACUGACAAUAGCUAUCAAUUUCCAGCCUUACAAUAUCAAGUACCUCCGCCAAAGAUGGUACACUCCACGCUUGAGAACCACCUCGAGCGAUACAUCGACGCGGUCAGCAGAAAUGAUAUCACCGAACUCACAUUAUUGUGUGAUGCCAUCAUUUCGUUGCUCGGACUAUCAACGUCACCACCGAUAUCAAAUUCCGGGCCAUUUGCGGACAUCAGACGCCUCCAAUUGUACAGUCGACUGUGUGAUUCAUCAGAGUGUACCUUCAUUUUUGUUUCUUGUCCAAGCUGUGACAAGAGAUCGGCAUUCAGAGCCACCACUUGGCAGAACCCCACGACUCAAGCCCAACUCUUUUUCAUUCCAGGGUUGGCAUACCAGUACUCGGUUCCUAAUGGAAUGGGAAUUAUUGUGGAGAACGAAGAAAUCCUUGGGCGAGUGCGCUUUGGCGUUCCAGCCUGCAAUUGUAACCAUUCUGCUGCAGUAAAACUGUCUUGAGCUUUACGUGAGCGGGAAAUUGACAGUAUG